AUGAGAGCAUCUUUAUUCCUCCUCGCCUCUACGGUAGGCACAACAGUGGCGGCCAGUAGCAACUACACCGAAUGGAUGGCUACAUCUUGGCUGUCGAAAUCAGUGCCCCUAUCCCGGAACUACGCUUAUGGAGUUCUCUACCGAGGCAUUGAAUUUGCACAUAACAAAACCAACAACCCUGAGUAUCUUGACUUCGUGGAGUCUCAACUAUCCGGCGUUGUGAGUGAUUCCGGCGAGUUGAUCAACUAUAACCUCAGUGACAAGAUCUCUCUUGAUGAUCUGCGGAUUGGUACAAACUUUCUGGCUGCUUGGGCCGCCACUGGCCAAGAGAGGUUUAAGCUAGGUGCCGAUACUCUCCGACGACAGAUCGAUUUAACCCCCCGCAAUGAGGGAGGCGGGCUUUGGCAUCGGGACCCCACCUAUCCAAACCAGAUGUGGCUGGAUGGGAUCUACAUGUCAACGAACUUCUACGCGCUGUACACCGCAUGGUUUGAUGCAGACAACAGCACUGCCUGGGAUGAUAUCAUGCUCCAGUUUGACUUGAUCGAGGAGCAUUGUUUGCGAGAGGAUGGGUUGCUUGUCCACGGGUUUGAUUACAGUAAAACUGCUGUCUGGGCCGAUCCCGAAACUGGUGCUGCACCACUCGUCUGGAAUCGCGCCCUAGGAUGGUAUUUCAUGUCCCUUGUGGAUAUCCUGGAUUACUUCCCCAAGUCUCACCCAGGCUGGGAGACCAAUCUGAGCCGAUUCCAGAAACUUGCGCAAGCCCUUAAACAGGCUCAGGAUGAAAGUGGUGGGUGGUGGUUGAUCAUGAACGACCAAUACCCGAGCGACCCUAGAAACUACAUUGAGAGUAGUGGGUCUGCGAUGUUCACAUAUGGAUUCUUGAAGGGCAUGCGGAAUGGAUUCCUAGACAAGGGCGAGUACUCGCAGGUCGCCGACAACGGGUAUCAGUUGUUGCUUGACAGGUUUGUGAGUAAGAAUGAUAACGGGACGUUGAACUGGGAGGGCACAGUGGAGGUGGGAAGUCUAAGCAGCAACGGCAGCUUUGAGUACUACAUAUCUGUUCCCGUUGUGCAGAAUGACGUUAAGGGUGCAGGGCCGUUUAUGUAUGCAAGCUAUGAACUUGAGGCAUAUUAA